UGACAUUAUGACCAUUUGUUGCAUCAAAACAACUCACAAACAAACCAGGCUGUCAGAAGAGACACCAGGAGACUGACCAGCAUGGACACAACAUCUUCAUUUAUCAAAUCGGUGACUAAGCGAGUGUGGUCUCCACCUCAGCGUCCCUUCAGAGUCUGUUGUCAGGACAGGGGGACCAGGAAGGGCAUCACAGCCGGGACCUUGGAGGAACUGAAAGAGAGGGUAUGCCAUGCUUUACAGCUGGCCCUGUGCGCACUGUCUCUGUCUCUGGUUUGCGAGGAGGACGGCACGGAGGUAGACUCCGAAGAGUUCCUCAUGACCCUGCCCGACAACACCAUGCUCAUGGCCCUGGAGCUGGGACAGACGUGGAGACCACAGCCCGGUGCAGUCGUGUCCAAAUCUCAGGAGCACAACAAGCCUCGGACCGGGAGAGAUAUAGCUCGAGUCACCUUUGACCUUUACAGGAUAAACCCAAAGGAUGUGUUUGGCUCCCUGAAUGUGAAGGCCACAUUUCAAGGCCUGUACUCUGUGAGCGCUAACUUUGAAUGUCUGGGGCCAAAGAAAAUCCUCAGAGAAGCCCUGCGCGUCGUCUCCACCCUGCUGCACGGUGCCGGACGUCUGCUUAUCACUUCCGCCACCAUGAUCCGCCACAUUAUCGAAGGCGCCGAGCUUUGGCACCCACAGAGGACGGAGUACACGGCCAGCUUCAACUGAGGGAGCCAGGAGAGACCUAUUCAGUAUCAGUUUAAUCAGGAUUUGUGAGGUCCGAGAUCUUUUGAAUAUUAUUCCCUUUAUUGGGCAACGACUGUUUAGUGUUGAUGUUCUGCCAUGAACCUUUCUAAGAGGCGUGGCCGUCUGUCAAGAGGGCAUCUGUAAAAGCAAAAGAUAUGUGUGGUACGGGCUGAUUAUGACUGCAUGUGCUAAUCAGAAAUGCAACAGAGAAAAAUAAAUGUCAGUAACGGCAAAAGAAGCUCAGUGAUGUAGCUGGAUAACACAA